AUAUAUAUAUAUAUAUUUUGGUGGUAAUGAAAAUGGCUCCGCAGAAUGCUGACCCGGAAUCUAUGCAAGUACAAGAGCUGCCUGUGCCCCUGCCGGACCCUCAGAAACCCAGAGACCCAGAGGCCGAGACCCAAGAAGAGACCACAAGCGAGGGGUCCAUAGACAGAAUCCCCAUGCGCCUAUGGGUCAUGCACGGGGCAGUGAUGUUUGGCAGGGAAUUCUGUUACGCCAUGGAGACAGCACUGGUCACACCUAUACUGUUACAGAUAGGCCUCCCUGAUAAGUACUACAGCCUCACCUGGUUCCUGAGCCCUGUCCUCGGUCUCAUCUUCACACCGCUUAUUGGCUCUGCAAGUGACCGCUGUACCCUGAGCUGGGGCCGCCGGCGGCCCUUCAUCCUUGUGCUGUGUGUGGGAGUCCUCAUUGGUGUUGCACUUUUCCUCAACGGCUCUGCUAUAGGUCUGGCGCUCGGCGAUGUUCCCAACCGGCAGCCCAUUGGCAUUGUCCUCACGGUGCUGGGAGUGGUGGUCCUGGAUUUCAGUGCCGAUGCAACUGAGGGGCCCAUCCGUGCCUACCUGCUGGAUGUGGUAGACAGUGAGGAGCAAGACAUGGCCCUCAACAUACACGCCUUCUCUGCUGGCCUUGGUGGGGCCAUUGGCUACGUACUGGGUGGGCUAGACUGGACACAGACCUUCCUAGGUGAUUGGUUCCGGACACAGAACCAGGUGCUGUUCUUCUUCGCUGCCAUCAUCUUCUCUGUGUCAGUGGCUCUGCAUCUCUUCAGCAUUGAGGAGGAGCAGUACAGCCCACAGCAGGACCGCAGUCCUGAGGAUGCCACCCUGCCCAGCACCAGUGUCCAGCCUAGCACCCCAGCCCCAGCCACCCGCCUCAGCUCCCUCGGUGGGGGCAUGCAGGACGGGAGCCCCCCAUUCCCAGAUGAGGUGCAGUCGGAGCACGAGCUGUCCUUGGACUACCUCGAUGUGGACAUCGUGCGCAGCAAGAGCGACUCGGUGCUGCACAUGCCUGAUGCCACCCUGGACAUGGAGCCUCAACUGCUCUUCCUGCAUGACAUAGAGCCCUCCAUCUUUCAUGAUGCUUCCUACCCCAGCACCCCCCAGAGCACCAGCCAGGAGCUCCUGAGGGCCAAGCUGCCCCGCCUGUCCACGUUCCUCAGGGAGUCCACCAAGGAGGAGGACACCUUGCUUGAUAAUCACUUGAAUGAAGCUAAAGUCCCAAAUGGGAGAGGCUCCCCACCAAUGGACUCACUCAGCCGCUCGAAGGUAGACUUGAAGCCCUCAGCCACAUCUGGUUCCAUGAAGCGGCGUAGGCACAUGUUCCACAGGCAAGCUUCUAGCACCUUCUCCUACUAUGGUAAGAUUGGUUCCCACUGCUAUCGCUACCGCCGGGCCAACGCGGUGGUCCUGAUCAAGCCAUCCCGAAGCAUGAGUGACCUGUAUGACCUGCAGCAGCGGCAACGCUCCCGACAUCGCAACCAGAGUGGGGCUACUGCCUCCAGCGGGGACACAGAGAGUGAAGAGGGGGAGACAGAGACCACUGUGCGUCUGCUGUGGCUGUCCAUGCUGAAGAUGCCCAAGGAGCUGAUGCGGCUUUGCCUCUGCCACCUACUCACUUGGUUCUCUGUCAUCGCAGAGGCUGUCUUCUAUACUGACUUCAUGGGCCAGGUUAUCUUCAAAGGGGACCCCCAGGCCCCCUUCAACUCUACCGCCUGGCAUGCCUACAACGCUGGUGUGAAGAUGGGCUGCUGGGGCCUGGUCAUUUAUGCUGCUACUGGUGCUAUCUGCUCAGCCCUGCUACAGAAGUACCUGGACAACUACGACCUGAGCAUCAGGAUCAUCUACAUGUUGGGGACACUGGGCUUCUCUGUGGGGACCGCUGUGAUGGCCAUGUUUCCCAACGUCUAUGUGGCUAUGGUCACCAUCAGCACCAUGGGUGUCGUCUCCAUGAGCAUCUCCUACUGCCCCUACGCCCUCCUAGGGCACUACCACGACAUUAAGGAGUAUGUCCACCACAGUCCGGGGAACUCCAAACGUGGAUUUGGCAUUGACUGCGCCAUCCUCUCCUGCCAGGUCUACAUCUCUCAGAUCUUAGUUGCAUCUGCCCUUGGGGGCAUGGUCGAUGCUGUGAAGACUGUCCUUGUCAUCCCCAUAGUGGCCUCCGUGGGCUCUUUCCUGGGCUUUCUGACAGCCACAUUCCUGGUUAUCUACCCCGAGGUGUCAGAGGAGGCCAAGGAGGAGCAGAAAGGCCUGUCCUCAGGGCCCGCUGUCGAAGGCGAGGGUGGAGCAGACAGUGAAAAGCCUACUGUGCUGAAGCUGUCUAGGAAAGGGGCCCCCCGGGGGCCGGUGGAGACAGAGUCCAUGGUGUGAGCCCCAGCUGGCACAUUCCACACUGGAGGGCAGGGUGGAUGGGGGUUAUGCUUGCCGACACCGUGCGAGCUGGAGUUCUUUCCCAGAGCGCAGUCCAAGUUCAGUAGGUGUUAGGUGUAGGGUAGGUUUGAGCUAUUAGACAAAAAUAUCACACUAAUUACCUUUCCCACAAUUAAAAAAAAUCAUUUGAAAUCUUUUUUAUUGAGGAAAAAAAACCUUAAUUUCAGCUAUUUUUUAUUCUGCAGGUAUAUCAUUCUGCAUGUUUUAAAUUGUGAAACAUUCACAGCAUAGUCAAUAAGCAGUUUAGAAAAUGUUAAGGGUCUGCAUUUCUAAAAAAAGUAAUCAAAAGUGCAGACACUAACUCACUUGGCAGAUGUCAUCUGAAGGCGGCCAACAGCAGUGCAGUACCCAGAUUGUCCAGCAGGU